AUGGCCCGAAAGAGUUUCGUGACAAUAAUUUGUCUUCCACCGCACUCUACACAUAAACUGCAGCCGCUCGACAAGACAUUCAUGGGACCAUUAAAAGCUUUUUAUAGUGAGGAAGUAAGACAAUUUAUUAGACAUUCAAACCGCGCUGUUACACCAUAUGACAUCAUGGAGCUCUUUGGGAAAGCUUACCUUAAGGUCCAGACGGGAGAUAUUGCAGUCAAUGGUUUCAAGGCAACCGGAAUUUUUCCUUUGAACAAAAAUAUUUUCACAGAGGCUGAUUUCAUAGCCUCUGAAAUCGAAGCAGAGAAAACAUGCAAUGCACCCCAGGCUGAUCAGUCAAAGGUGGUAGGAUCUACAUCAUCUUCCCAUGCAUCAUUUUCUCAAUGCUGCUCUUCAAGCACUCCAAAGAAUCUACCUGGACCAUCGAAGCAAAUUAGCCCUUUUCAAAUUGCCCCAGUACCCAACAUCAAGAAAAAGGUCACAAAUCGUGGUCGCAAGUCUUCAAGUGCGUGUGUGAUCACAGAUACACCAUACAAAGAAGAGCUUUCGAAGAGCCUGGAAAAGUCUGCAGCGAACAUGAGCAAAAAAAAAUUGCUAUUUAACGAUUUUGAUGGCUCAAAAAAAAAAGAGCAGCAAUAA